AUGACGGCCACAGACAAUACAGUGGCGGCGGAUAUCAACAUUUUGUCUGCAUUCCUGAGCGAUGUGCAACUGGACGACCUAUCAUCUCCGCCAUCAGGCGGGGUCGAUUGUAUCGUCAUUUGCGCCUCUGUUGUACUUUACCAAGCCGAAAUACUUUUCGCCACAAUUACGCGACGUCCAUCGCUCGCCAAGUGCCUAGUAUUGUGCGGUGGUGUGGGUCAUUCGACGGAACUACUCUACGAAGCUGUUCGAUGCCACCCACGUUAUUAUCAGAUCUGGCCUGGAAUACGGGGACUUCCAGAAGCGAGAGUUCUCGAAAGAAUCAUGAACAGAUUUUUUGAUCCGGAUGCAGUAGCAGCUCAAGGAUGCCGUAUUCUUAUCGAAGACCAGUCCACAAAUUGUGGGCUCAACGCAUGUUUCACCCGGAAGCUACUGGAUAAAGCGGGGCUCCAAGACAUGAGAACUUGUAUCAUUUUGCAAGAUCCUACGAUGAUGCUAAGAACGAGAGCAUCAUUUGAGAAAAUCUAUGAGGAUGGACCGUCUAAGGUGUCAUUUAUCAGCUGCCCGCUUAUAGUACCGCAGGUCAAAGAGAAUUCCACUGGUCUCGAGAUAUACGCUUUGAACGUCGAUCGACCCAGUGAUUGGACGCUAUCCCGAUUUUGCGACCUCCUUCUGGGUGAGAUUCCACGACUUCGAGAUGACAUAAAUGGAUACGGCCCGAAGGGACGGGGGUUCAUCUCUCAUGUUGAUGUUCCCGUGACGAUUGAGGAGGCGUGGUCUCGUUUGGCGAAAAUACUAGGGAACUCGAGAGAGAUACGAUAA